AUGGGCAGCGACAAUCAGGCGCAUGUGCGCCUACUAACGCUUCUCAAUGUUCAUGCUGCACACCCGCGCGCCGAAGAUGAUUUGGAUACCACGUCGGCGAAACGUAAGCGCGUUUCUUCCGUUGCCCCUCGCGCUGCUCCUCCGACGCAGCGGCACAGGCCGACUGAAGCGCCGGCCACCGAGGUGCCAACCCAGAGCGAGCAAACUGAAGUUCUUGUGGCGGACGAAGAUGAUGAAGACGGGUCGGAGGACGUCGAUGCAUUUCGGUGGCAUUUUGGCGCCGAGUCGGAGGCACUUGCAGCCGUCGAUCCUGACGCACCGCGAUGGUCUUCCCCCGUGCAUGUACCAGCGCUGGGCGGUGCGACCGUGGCACACAUGGAGAAAAAGCAUGAGGGAGCGACGCGACCUGUGUCGCGCCCUCAUGCGCGCAUCUGGAGCGCGUUCCAGACGCAGCGCAAGCGGGGCCUCGGGCAGCGGCAGGCUGAGCUGUUGCCGCUGUUGGGACAGUAUAUGGAUGUAUGGCACUCGCGCGUUCCCAUGGACGAACACGAUGAUCUGCGCCAGAUCACGGCGAUGCAUGCGCUCAGUCAUGUCGCCAAGACGAGGCAGCGCGUCCUGAAGGACAAUGAAAAGCUGGCGAAAGCGGCUGCUGCGCAGACCGAGGUCGAUACGGACGCCGAUGAGGACGCCGAGCUGCCCGAGCUGCGUGACCAGGGAUUCACGCGGCCCAAGGUGCUACUGCUUGCGCCAUUUCGGCACACGGCCAAGUUGUGGGUCGAGUAUCUGAUAGCCCUCUCGGCGUGCGAACAGGUCGAGCAGAAGUCACGGUUCUUCGGUGAAUUUUCGCUGCCGCCCGGCACGAUCGACAAGCUGGCCGACCCCGCGAUGGCAAGUCGGUAUCCUGAGGACCACAGGCGCACUUUCCAGGGUAACAUUGACGACAACUUCAAGCUGGGCGUUAAGCUGACGCGCAAAACUCUGAAGCUAUACAGCCCCUUUUUCGACAGUGAUAUUAUUGUGGCGAGUCCCUUGGGCCUGCGCCUACUCAUUGAGAAGGAGAAAAAUGCCGAUUACCUGUCAUCCAUCGAGGUCCUGCUGGUCGACCAAGGCGACGUUAUGCUCAUGCAGAAUUGGGACCAUGUCAAGUUUGUCGUCGAGCGGCUAAAUGCGAUCCCCAAGGAGGCAAACCAUACCGACUUUUCGCGCGUCAAGCCCUGGUACUUGGAUGGGCACGCACCGAUGCUGCGCCAGUCGGUGCUGUUUACCGCCUUUGACGCUCCUGAAUUCCGGCACCUAUUCCACACGUUCCGCAAUGCCGGCGGCCGCAUCCGCACCUCGUCUCUGCCCGCAGAUCAUGUGCCUGCCAUGUCGCUCGUCACGCCGGGCGUGCGCCAGACAUACUACAAGUUUGACUGCUCGAACGCUCAGGGCGAGGCUGACCAGCGGCUGCAGGCCUUUCAGCAGAAGAUUUGGCCGCUUCUCCGAAAGUCGGCGGUAAGCGCGACGCACACCAUGAUUGUGAUUCCGUCGUACUUUGACUUUGUACGGGUCGAAGACCUCUUCCGACGCAUGGACCCGGCUGUAUCGUACACGACGCUAAGCGAGUACUCGACGAACCGCGACAUUUCUCGAGCGCGUGAGGCAUUCUUUACCGGCAAGAAGAGCUUUCUGCUCAUCACCGAGCGCUUUCACUUCUAUCGGCGCUAUCUGAUCCGCGGCGCUGCGACCAUCGUGUUCUAUGCGCUGCCCGAGCAUGCAACGUACUAUGCAGAGCUCAUCCAUGCACCAUUGUCGUCGCGCGACGCAUCCGCCGCCCCCAUUGAUGCGGCCGAUCUGCAGGUGUUUGUGCUCUAUGGCAAGUACGACCUGCUGCGCCUCGAGCGCAUUGCCGGCUCAUCCCAGGCUCGGAGCAUGGUGACAGACGGCCGCCCCGUGUGGCGCUUCGUGUAG